UUUGCGCCGACAACAACCACGUCCGGACCUGGACGGUGACCCGGUUCAGAGGGAUGAUCUCCACUCAGCCUGGAUCGACGCCGCUCACCUCCUUUAAGAUCCUCAGCCUGGACGACGUGGACGGACACGGAGGCUGCAGCGCCGGGACCGAGAUCGGUCCGUAUGGAGAAAGAGACGACCAGCAGGUGUUCAUCCAGAGAGUCGUACCAGACACCGAUAAACUCUACGUCAGGCUGUCGUCCAACGGAAAGAGGGUGUGCGAGGUGCGCUCGGUGGACGGGACGUCCAUCACGGCCUUCAUGGUCCACGAGUGUGAAGGUUCGAGUCGCAUCGGCUCUCGUCCUCGCCGCUACCUGUUCAGCGGCCACAGCAACGGCAGCAUCCAGAUGUGGGACCUGACCACCGCCAUGGAGAUCGCUGGGAAGGUGGACAUCAGAGCGCUGGGCGGGCCCACGGAGGAGGAGCUACUGGAACUGCUGGACCAGUGUGACCUGGCUCUGACCCGAACACCGGACAGCACGCCGAGGGCCUCCACCUGCAG